AAAAGCAGGGGGCUCGGGGAGGUGCAUGAAUGAGAGUCAUAGGAAGCGAGAGAGACAGAACUUUCCCCUGAGUCUUUCCACAACUGCCUGGUAAACAAGAUGAGGGCUGCGCCGCUGCUGCUGCUGCUGUUAGUCACGCUCAUCACCGUCCAAACUGUGGCUGGAGGGAAAAACAAAAAAGAGAAAAACAAACCCUCCCAGCCCGGGUCAGAAUGCACUGACUGGCGCUAUGGCAACUGUGUCCCUAGCAACGGGGACUGCGGAGCAGGGUUUAGAGAGGGGUCAUGUGACCAGCAGAACAAGAAGAUGAAAUGUAGAGUACCUUGCAACUGGAAAAAGGACUUUGGAGCUGACUGUAAGUAUCGCUUUGGUAAUUGGGGAGAAUGUGAUCCAAGCUCCAGCUCAAAGACCAGAACAGGGACAUUGAAGAAGGCUCUGUACAAUGUAGAGUGUCAACAGACUAUCUCCAUCUCCAAACCUUGCACCGGGAAAACCAAGACAAAACCCAAAGGGAAGAAGAAAAAAGGCAAGGGCAACUAGAAACAGGCUGUUUUGAAGAGUCUCCAGGGACAGACAAGAGUCUUCAGAGCUGAAGAGCAAAUAGAAACAGAACAAUAAUUGUCUGAACCAGCUUUCCUCCGACAGAUGCACAGAGGCCCCAGCACUUGUAGAUUUAUAGCCUAAUUUCCAUACACGCAAUUUUGAAUCUGAGCUUCGUCAACCGUGUGUAGCAUAUUGUUACUGUAUGUAUCACCAACAGGUAGCAUAGGUGGACACUAUGAUUUGGAAAGAAAAUUAUUUUAUAAAAAGAAAAGAGACAUAUACAUCUGGACUUAAAUUAAUGAUGUAAAUAUGCAGUAAAUCUCUAGGACUAAUGAUGUGAGCAUGACUUGUUGCAUUAAAACCAGCCAACACAGGUGUUUGAAAUCAAACUGCAUUUGGAAUAUUAAUACAUUUCUAGACCACUGUGCUCCUUAACCCAUCACUACCACACCUGUUGUAGAUUAUAUGCAUCUCUGUGUCUUAUUGUUUCAGCUACUUCUGUGGCAAUAAACACAGCCCACAGCCAGGAAUCUAUACCAUUCAAUCAGUCUACCUACCAUAGCUCCUUGUAGAUGAACGUGCAUUUGGAAUAUCUGCAUUAUAAAUUUCCUAAGGGACCACACAAGCCCUGUAUUAUACAUUUCUUUCAUUUUGAAUAUUGUCAAAAGAAAAACAAAGGCACUUGCUGUAAGGCUUUUUCUCACUGACCUUUUCACUCCCACUUUAGAAUGACCAUUUCUUCUUCUGUAGUUCUUCUUUUCCAUUUUUCUUUUGUUUAUUAAAAUUUCCAAACAUA